CAAAACGGUAGUUAAAAAAUUUUGAUAUUCAAUAAGUACCGUUUCAGUAAGAAAACCUAUACACAUGCCAUUAUGGAAUUUCAUGAUCAUUUGACCGAUAUUUAUCCAUAAACUAUGAGGAUGCAGUGAGAAGGAGCUAGGAUUUGGUGCCUGGAUGCAGUGAGAAGAAGCUAGGUAGGAUUUAGUGACCAAAGCAGCUAUCAUCAGAGGAUCAAUCUUUCUGCAAUCUGCUAUUUGAAUGGGGAGUCCAAGCCUCUGAAGGUUUUUGACAGAACAGCUAGUCAGGUGAAUAAACUAAUAAUUAACUACGAUUGUGAUCCUAAUGAGAAGUGGUUGGCCUUGAUUGGAAUUGGCCUUGGGCCACCAGAGAUGCCAAAUUUGGCAAAAGGGAUUAUGCAGCUCUUUUAUGUGGAUGAAAAGCAUGGUUGCGAUCUUGAAGCACAUGCUGCAUCGUUUGCCACAUUUAAAGUACCUGGAAAUGAGAAUCCUUCAACACUUAUUUCUUUUGCCACAAAGUCAUCCAAUGCUGGGAAAAUUGAGUCAAAGUUGCAUGUGAUCGAACUUGUUGCUCAGCCAGGCAAACCUUCAUUCACUGAGAAACAAGCAGAUCUGUUCUUUCCUCCGGACUUUGCUGAUGACUUUCCUGUGUCAAUGCAGGUAUGGAUGUAGCCUUUACUGGUUUGUUUGUUUUUUUGUUUUUUUCUAAAUAGGUUACAAAUUGGGGAUGGGGAAACCGAACGCAACACAAGGAGUUGGGGAUGGCAAAACCAUUAGGUCAAGAAGGUCAGUUGCUAUUGGUUUGUUUGUUUUAUUAUUAUUGUUUUUUAUGUUUUCUAUAGUUUCACUAAAACUGAGGUGGAUGU